CCCUCCCUCCUCUCUUCCCUCCCGCCCCCCUCCUUCUCCCUCCCCUAUCACCCCCAUCUCCUGGCCUGUCCUCAAAAGAGCCAGUCUGCGAGAGCGAGAUCGGACCGCGGCUGGUUUUCCACUUCCAGAGCCCCCUCCCUAUUGAGCACUGCCCUCGCGCCCUAGCAUCAUGUUCCGCCAGGCCCUGCUCUCCUCUGCCGCCCGGUGCCUGCGUGUUGCCGCUCCGGCUGCUGCCGCUGCCCGGCCGAUUGCCUUUGCCCCGGUCACCGCCCGAGUUGCUACCAUGUCAAUCUCUGCCCCGCCCCCCGCGAUUGCUGCCCCGGGUCACCAGGUGUACCGUUCGUUUGCGACGGUUGCCUCCGAGACAACCACCGACGCCAAGGUCUCGGUGGCCGCCGCUAUGUCCGAGAUGAACAAGGACCUUGAGGAGUACAACCAGGAGGAGUCCCUCUCCGGCAACAAGUUCUCCGCCCACUCUGACGAUGAGGAUGUCGACUCUGAUGAGGAGGAGGAGCAGGCCUCCUAUGCUCAGGACAGCACCCUCGGCUCCAUUCGCCUUGAGCUGUUCGCGGAUGAGGACAUUCCCUUCGCCGACACUGCCCUGCAUGCUUGGGUUGAGGACUUCCAGACUGGCCAGUCGGUUGCCAUGGCUCCCCUCCAUCCGGAGGUCUUUGGUGCCCCCAUUCGGGCGGAUCUCCUCCAGCGAGUUGUUCGCUGGCAGCUUGCCAAGCGCCGUGCCGGCACUGCCAGCACCAAGACCCGCUCCGAGGUCGCCGGUGCCACGCGUAAGCUCUAUGCCCAGAAGGGGUCUGGUCGUGCUCGUGUGAACGGCAUCACCUCGCCCAUUCGCCGCGGUGGUGGUAUCACUCACGGCCCGCGCCCGCGCAACUUCGAGUUCUCCCUGCAGAAGAAGGUCCGCUGCCUGGCCCUGCGCACGGCCAUGACCGUGAAGUUCGCCCAGGACAAGCUCACUUUGGUCCAGCCGUUCGACAUCCCGAGCCACAAGACCCGCUGCCUCUAUGAGAUGCUCUUCGCCCGCGGUCUUGAGAACAAGCGCGUCCUCUUCGUUUUCUCCGGCCCAACUCCCGAGAACUUCAGCCUGGCGUACAAGAACCUCCCGGGUGUGAACGUCCUCCCGGCGCACGCACUCAAUGUGUUCGACCUCCUCCGUCACGACCAUGUGUUCAUGACCACCGACUCGGCCCUGCGUCUGAUGAUUCGCUUCAUCCACCGGAAGUACCUCACCAAGAAGUCUGCUCAGCCGAUCUAUGCCGAUCCUGCCCUCUCGCCAGAGGUCAACUUCGCCAUCCAGAACCCGGAGCUCUUCGAGCUCGAUGAGGAUGGCCACAUCCUCCACGAGGCGCCUGCGACCCCUGCCGGGGUGGCCUCCCCCCAGGUGUGAAGGGGCUCCCCCCCCCCCCCUCCCGUGCCUUUCCAAUGCCAAUGUGUCCCCGGCGUCUUCGCGCGCGUCCUUGUGUGUUUCCUCCUCUGUGCGCCAUCAGCCCCCUCCCGGUGUGGCCAACUUAAGGAGCAGCUUGAAAGAAGACCUCGCCAUGGUGGCAAAGGAAAUGGGGCCGUGCUCCCUCUCCCCCACAUGAUGUCGACCACCAUCACAGCCACCACUUCUCUCUCUCUCUCUAGACCUUUGCACGUGUACAUUUGCCUUGAUCCUCCCCCCUCCCCACCGCCCUGCCUCCCCCUUGUCUUUGGCCCACCGAAUGGCCCUGGGACAAGGGACUCGAUAGGCCCAUGGACACGCGCCCCUCAUAUAAAUACAAAGAUAAAUGCCCACUCUGGGAGUUGAAGCGAUGUG